UGAAACCAUUCAGUAUGCCACGUGGCAAUUAUUGUGACUUGUGAAUGUGUUCGUGACAUCUCGCAGGAACAGUGUUUUUAAAUUUAAAUUUUCGAAAAUACAUGGGAUCAUCGAACUUCGGAAAGGUGAUUAAUAGCUACAGAUCUUUAAAGUCGACCCGAACAGGAGAAGAAUAAUUCCGAUUGGUGUACCAGAACACGCGUCAAACGAACACCGCACAGGGCUCCUUUCGAUUUCCCGAAACCCAUGCAAAGGUUGGCCCUCCCUGCGCCAUGACCCCGCAGCUAAUUGAGCCGUGACGUGACUCUCUCUUGCAUCAUGAGGGACUGCCUCAGCACUUAGAUCACCAUCAUCGGCCGGAAGGUUAGCAGCGUUCAGCAUGGCAGCGGUGAGAUGACUCAUGUGCUGCUGCUGCUCCUGUGGCUGCCCCUGCUGGUUAGCGGCUCAAUUUGCCCGUCGUCACCCUCGUCCUGUCCCUGCUACAACUUCGAGGACGGCCUAUUUCUGGAAUGUCCGGGCGCCACGGCGCGCUCUCUGCGCGAGGUGCUCAUGCAAGUGGCGGGUCCCGUGCAGUCGCUCAGCGUCUAUAACUUUGAUGCGCAGGUGACGGUGCUGCAGGCCGAGUUGUUCCCGCCGGGCGCCGAAAUUCGCCACCUGCAGAUCUCGCACUCAAGCCUGACCGAACUCGCGGACAACAGCCUAGUCGAGCUUCAGGGCGGCCUCGAAUCACUCAGUCUCGUGUCAGGUCACCUGCAACAUGUGCCACAGAAGGCGCUUUCCGGGCUCAACGAACUGCGGGCACUUGACCUGGAGGCCAACGAUAUCACCGAUCUGCCAAGCUACAGCUUUUAUGGGCUACACCUCAAGAAACUGAAACUUAAAGGCAAUCUUCUGCAGAAGACCAGCGAGUACGCCUUCGCGGGGCUGGAGGAGUCACUUACCGAACUUGACUUGGCCGAAAACAAGCUGCGAAGCUUUCCCAUGGCGGCUUUGCGCAGGCUGGAACACCUGCGCUCGCUACGAAUGGCUUGGAAUGAGAUCGGAGACAUCCACGACGACGGGUAUUCGCAACUGGGCGCCCUGCUCUUUCUAGACCUGAGCUCCAAUAACUUUGAAGCCAUCCCGUCCGACUGCUUCCACCCUAUGCCGGCCCUCCGCACGUUGUCCCUAUACUACAACUCAAUCGAGACAGUGCAGCAGGACGCAUUUCUCUCACUAUUGGAGCUCGAGUCUGUUGACCUGAGCCACAACAAGAUAGUAUUCCUGGACGGUGCCACUUUUCAGGCCAAUAAGAAGCUUCGUACAGUGGACCUCAGCCACAAUCACAUCCACUACAUCAGCGGCGUUUUUGCGCGCCUACCCGAACUCCGAGAACUUUUCCUCUCCGAGAAUAACAUACUGGAAGUGCCGGCCGAUGCGUUCACUGACUCUGCUCUGCUCACCGUCAUCUACCUGCAGCAGAACGCCAUCCGCCGCGUGGACCCCGAGGCCCUGCUAUCGCUCCCAAACUUGGCGCAACUCCACCUCAGCGCCAACUUCAUCAGAACAAUCCCCAAGGACUGGUUAACGACGAGCAAGAAACUGACGUCGCUGAGCUUGGACGGCAAUAGAUUGGAGGGACUUGAACCAGGAACCUUCCGAUAUGUGAGCAACUUGCGAGAGCUGCGGUUACAGAACAACCGGCUCGUGGAGAUUGGACGCGGGGUGUUCGACCCCCUGCCAACACUCCUGGAGCUGCAUCUGCAGAACAACCUGAUCAGCAGCAUCGAGUCUGGCGCCUUCAGGAGUCUGCAGAGUCUGCAGCACGUGAACCUGCAGGGGAACUUGUUGGCGGCGCUGGGGGAUGUCUUCCUGCACGAGUCGCCGUCCCUGGUGUCCAUCCAGCUGGACUCGAACAGCCUGGUGUCUCUGCACAACGACUCGCUCCGGGGCCAGUCCUCCGUUCAGAUCAUGUGGCUGGGACACAAUCGGCUGACGCGUGUGGAUCGCGCCCUCUUCAGUGACUUGCUGCUCAUCCAGCGCGUCUACCUCACCAACAACAGCAUCUCCCACAUCGAGGACCGCGCCUUUGAGCCCAUGCAGGCCCUCAAGUUCCUCGAUCUCAGCCUCAACCGACUGCACCACGUGACAGGUCACACGUUCGCCGAGUUGCACGAGUUAGAGGAGCUCUACCUGGCGGGCAACGAGCUGCGGACCAUCGAGCCACGCGCCCUCAGCUCUUUGAAGAAGUUGCGAACCCUGGACCUCAGCGACAAUAGCCUAGCCGUACUGCAUGAUUCUAUCUUCCAGGAGGGGCUUCCCAUCAGACUCCUGAACCUUCGCAAUUGUUCAGUGUCACGCAUCGAGAGCGGCGCAUUCCGGGGGCUUAACAACCUGAAUGAGCUGAACCUAGAAUUCAACCUCCUAAGCGCUGGUUCCCUACGGCAUUUGGACAUUCCGGGGCUGCGGGUGCUGCAUAUCUCACACAACAACCUGAGUGCGGUGCAGGGUAACGCACUGGAUGGUCUCCCAUCCCUGCAGUUCCUAGCCCUCAGCAGUGCACAAAUCAGCAAGUUUCCACGCGCUCUGCUCAACUCAAACAAGGACCUUGAACAUCUCGAUCUGUGUGACAACCACCUGAAGCAAUUGGGACGUGAAGUAUUCGCCUCUUUGAAAAGUCUCAGGGAACUGCGUUUGGCUCAAAAUUCCUUUCUCGAAGUGCCAUAUUUCUCACUGAGCAACCUCAGCUCCCUGGAGGUACUGUCCCUGUCAGGUAAUCAGCUGUUAGCUGUGGACAUGUCUCGGCUGAGUGGCUUGACUCGUCUGCGUGAACUGGACCUCAGUGCCAAUGGCAUUUCAUCGCUCUCGGGCUUUGCAUCGGCCAAUUUGUCACAGCUGUCAAGUGUGGAUCUCAGCAGUAACUCAUUGGCCGCUCUACCUGCAAACUUCUUCCACCUCUCUACUUCCCUCCGUCGCCUUGACCUCGCCCAGAACAAGUUCCGACAGAUUCCCACCGCAGCUCUGAACUUACCAGGACUAGGGUGGCUGAAUCUCACUGGUAACCCUCUGUCGCGCAUCCAUGACCUCUCGUCCGUCCGGCUGUACCCCAGCCUACAAGAGAUACAUAUUAGCGGUACCAACCUUACUAUUGUGACCAGCAAAGAUUUCGAGGCCUUCCCAUCACUCCUGCACCUUUUCUUGGAUCAGAAUCGGAUCUCUCGUGUCUCUCCAGGAGCCUUCAGGAGUUUACCAAAUCUGCUGACUCUAGACCUCGGAGUGAACGAGCUGGAGCUCCUGCCUCAGGAACGGCUGCAGGGUCUCAGUCACCUGAGGCUCCUGAACCUCACACACAAUCGGCUGAAAGAGUUGGAGGAGUUUCCUCAGGAUUUGAAAUCACUCCAAAUUCUGGACUUGUCGUUCAACCAGGUGACCCGAGUUGGCAAGUGGACAUUUCGGUACCUUGAGAAUUUGGCUGAGCUGCACCUGUAUGGGAACUGGAUCUCAGCAAUAGCUAGCGAUGCGUUCCGGCCUCUGAAGAAGCUGCGGUUGCUUGACCUGAGCAGAAACUACCUGGAGAAGCUGCCGUUGAGCGCAUUCCGUCCACUGGAGACACAGAUCCGCAGUCUGCGCACAGAAGAGAACCCACUGCACUGCAGCUGCGACUCACAGGAACUCUGGGAGUGGCUGCGAGAUCACCAGAAGUUAGUUGAUGUCACUACACGGGGGCUGCGCUGUGAACAGCCCCCAGAAUUGCGUGGCUUGCUCUUCCUUGAUUUGGAGCCCCCUCGGUUCUGCUCCACACCCUUGGUCCUCAAGCUCGCCAUUCAGGACAUUCAGCCCUUUAGCGUCAUAGUCUCCUGGCAGAGCCGCAACCACUCCGGUCUUCACGGGUUCCGGGUUGCCUACCAUGCGCUUGACAGGAAUGAUGCGGUACGUGGCAAGCUGCUGGAGCGGGGCUUGCGCACCGUGAAACUGGGAAAGCUGUCACCAGACACCCGCUAUCUCAUAUGUGUGGUGGGGCUCGGCAACUGGGCAACAGGUGGUAACACAACCCACCCGCUGUUGAGUGACUCACCCUCCACACGAUGCACGGAGGUGCGCACAUUGGAGGCACCUGUGGUUGGUGAGGGGCUUCCCGAGAGUGGCUCCAUCCUCACAAGGCGCCUUGGGCUCAUCGUGGGCAGCUGCAUGGGCUUCGUGGUGUUUAUUGUGUUAGUGUCUGUGCUGGGCUACCUGAAGCUCAAGAAGCAGCGGGUAUCAAACAAGCGUGACCAGCCUCUGCCUCAGGAGUACAUCUCCUACAGGCACUUCUCCAUCCAGAGCGGAGACAACGCACAAGCUGUCAAUAUCGGCACUACCUCACUCACUUCAUGAACCGCUGACACGUUAUGGGAGCAGUUCUUUGAUAGGCUGCAAUAUAUGAGCCUGUUCGAUGUUGGCAGAACUUAGUGACGCAGUCAGUUGGCUGUUGGCAUGCCUGUCGGUGGGACAACAUGGUUGAACACGUACCAGCAGUGAUAAUUGUGAACUCCAUCCAAGAACAAAUGUUAAAUAAAGACGUGCAUCGGACACAUAUAGUUUAAUUUUGUGAUAGAAAUAUGUGUUGUUACUCCAGGCAUAUGUUUAGUGUAAUGGGACUCAUGGUGACAAAGCUGAUGUGAAUUUUUAAUAUUAAAGAGCUUUGUCACGGAAACGUUAAAUAAGUUUUAUUAGUGAACCUGGGUGUGUGUGUAUGUGAGAACAACGUGAAUGGUAAAUCACGUGAGUGUGAGCUUCCAGGUGUAUGAGCAGCGCAAUAUUUUUAUGCUCACAUAUUCCGAACUAGAAGAAAAGUUGCGCCGGAAAAUUCGUUUGUUGUUACGCAUGUAUUCAGACAUGGACACGGUAUUGUUUCUGUUACAGCAUGCUGUGGUUGGCUAACUGUGGCAAGCAUAGCUCGAACGUCUGCGACGGUAAAUAUAUAGUGAUUUUUGCUAGGCAGUUUUUUUUUCGUGGUUUCCACAGCGCAGUCUUGUAUUGUUUUCACAUACCUGGAAGUUAAUAGCUGAAAUUGCAGUUUUUACUCUUCUUGCUAUUAAAUUUCCUCUUGUAUGUUAACAGCAAUACAGAAGUAGCAGAGUAUGAAUAUAUGUUAUUAUCAUUUGGGUAAUAUUCAUAAACCAGGACAUUUCAAUUAGCAGACUGGCUGCUUGAAAUGUCACCUCUCAAGUUGAGGAAUAUCUUGCCACCGCAAGCUCGCUACGUCUGGGGCCCAUCCAUAUCCCCACAUGUCGGAUAUUUGGGAGUAAAUAGUCGAAACAUGAAGGCACUGAAAUUUGGAAUUGAUAAAAUGUUAUCUCUUUGUAUUUAUGACAUUCGUCAGCGUUGAUUUCUUGAGUUAAGUUAACAAGUCACUAAAGUGACUGAAACAAGACUGAAUGAUUCGAGUUCGAUCUCAAGCAGGGGAACUCCUCCCUUAUAUUCUUACAUUCAAGAACUAGGGUACAGAAUUCACCAAGCUUUAUCCCAGUAUUCCUAUCUGGCAUGAGCUACAACUGCCUCCCAGGUCAUAUGUUUCGCCACGGGACACUAGACCAAUUGGCUUUCCAUCCCUCUGCUCUAUCACCAUGGAGUUCUUCCUCCAUGAACAGAAACACUUCCUCUUGUCGUUGCUAAUAAACGCAUUCAUGGGUCAUUCAGUAGUGUAUUUUGUUGAGGUAAUAUGCUACAAAACAGAAGGUCGCGGGUUCGGUUCCCGGUG